CGACAAAUAGGGCAAACACAAGUAACUUCAAUACGGGAAAAGUUGACUUCUUGGUGGACAAGAAAUUACAAAUAAUGGCUACAAACGACGGUAUGUACCCUGGAUAUUCGUGAAAAAAAAUGUUUCUUUUGCUCACAUAUGUCUAACAAAGCUAAAUUUUCCUUUCUUAGCUCGAAGAGCAGUUGCUUUUGGAACGACUCUUGAUCGGGAACUGUUACCACUAAAAGUUCCAGCAAAUCGCUUUGGAAAUGAACUCGCCUUACGAGGCGCUCCAAACCGCGGCCCUGGAUGUUAUUACAAUGCGGAGGUAGUUGAAAAACAUUUUGUUUCUCGGUUAGUUUUCAAUUAGUCUUAAAACAGCUGAUCUUGUAGGGAAAGUAAGCGGUGACAUGAGUACAUGAGUGCGAUGUACAUGUGCCUGUCAGUGAGUAUAUUAUAGUGAAGUGGAUGUCUCACAUUGUAGUCACUCCUGGUGUAGAUAUUAGCGAUUUGAUUGCGUCGUAUUCAUCUUGAAAUUCAUAACGACCAGCAGUAUGGUAUGCCUGAUGAAUACUUUUGGAAUACGGUGGAAACUUUGCGAUAUACCCCAGACCAAAAUGGCAACGUAGUCAACAUAGCUGGAUUGCUAUGUUACUUCACCAUGAUUAACCGCCUCAGUUGUUAUGCAGUGUGUUCUAUAUACUGUAAAACCCUUCGUAGCGAUAGCUUGUUACAGAUUCUGUAACAGGUCGUUUCUUUAAAAAAACAUGGUGGUGACGAAAGUAUCCAUGUUUUGAAAUCAAGACAAAAUUUGUGUUCGAAAGAUAAUUUCCUAAUUGUCUCUUCUUGCCGGUCAGGGUAGUGGUUUUAUUUAUGAACUUGAGAGAAGACCUGUAUGCAGAAGAGGGUAUUCAGUUGGAGCCAGAACCGCCCCAAGAUUUCCUAAACCAGCUCAUGUAAGUUCAAGUUUGAGACGUUCAAAAUCAAGAGAGAAUAGAAAACUUAUCUGCCAUAGUUGUUUAUUCAUCGAAGUUUCAUGUCUUUUUUUUUUAAUUUUAUAAGUCAGAAAGGCUAAAUGCACAAAUCUUCCAUGACAAUUUUUUUCUCCAAAAGGUAACCAUAAGGUUGCUUACAAUAAGGGUAAUCAUAAUGACUGUGAAAUUUUGCUGAAUGUUGAGGACAUUAGGUUUUCAAAACUUAAUUAUCAUUGUCAAUCAAUGCUACCUUUAGCCAUUUUCAUUGUCAAUUUUCAAAAUCAUGUGGUUUCAAGUUUUUGAUGAAUGACAUCCAUGAGCAUUGUAGCUUAUAAUCUGAUUCCUUAUCCCUGUUUGCAGCUGGAUGUUCCUGGACCACCAACUUAUCAAGAGAUUAUCAGCAAACCAGUUCACUUUGAAGAAGCUUUUAAAGCAUUUAAUGUUGGUGCAACAAGAUUCCCACCAAUUAACCAGGUGAUACUCUUCAUAGAUACAGUUGACCAGUAUUAAGGGGCACUGCAUUUAGCAGUCCCCAAAUUUUCCCUCUUAAGCACUGUAAUUUUCCCCUCUGUUAAGUAGUCACCUCUAUGAAGUGGACAUGGUCACCCUUGACUGAACUCCAAAAACCUGUUUGUGUUGUCUUCCACCUGUAUUGAAUGAUCACUUAAAGUGGAACCACUAAAAUAAAACAAAGAAUAAUAUCUCAAAUGAAGUUUAUUCCAUUAUUUCUUGGAAUAAGUGUUAGUACUUUGAUUUCAAAUGUCCUCAUGACCCAUUGCAGGCUUAAUCUUUCUUCUUUGGACCAUUAGGACAAAUAACGCAAGUAAUUGGCUGAUUAACCUGUACUAAGAAGUUGACAUGUAUUUAGUCGCCCAGCAAUUGCCUGUACAUGUAGGCGACUGCUAAAUACAGGCUUGACUGUAUAAAGUUUUCUCACAAGUUCCUACUUUAUUGGGGAAGUUGCAUGGAAAUCAUAGAGUCAGAGUGGGAGAGAUAAGGCUUUCAUUUGCUCUGAAAGUUUCAUUUUCAAUCAAUCCCUGAUAGUGGACUUCCACUAUCAGGGAUUCCACUAUCAGGAAAAAGAGAAACAUUUGCAGAUGGAAUGUCUUAAUUGAUCCCCAAAGCAAAACCUAUGAAAACUGCUGGUAUUUUUGUUUCUGUUGCUGAUGUUACUCGCUGCAGAUUUAACAACCAGUCUCAGCUCAAAAAGUAUCGAAUUUCAUGGGUAUGGUCUUGGAUCCUAAUUUGCUCAGAAAUUGGCUUGUUCUAUUUUUAUCCUUACACAGAACACAACUUAUGCAUGCAAGUUCCUUUGUAAAUGUUUUCAAGACCUCUAAAUAAUAUCAGUAUGUUUUAUCUCUUUUGCAGGACCAUGGCCAUCCAGGGUGGGUAAAAUUUUUCUUUUUAAAAUGCUUUUCUCUUUUGGAUGAUGUAGUUUGCUACUUUAGUCAGAUGAUGACUUAAUUUAAGGUGGGGUGUCAGAGAUACCACAUUUAAUCUGGUUUGUAGAUUGCUUGUGAGACAUUUUGGACAAUUAUGUGCUGAUAGUAGUCAUGUAGUACCUAGAUCAUGUGAGGACAAUUAAGCUCCUAAACAGUUGAAGGUUUAAUUUUAAUGUGCUCUGAGGUGCUGGAUGUUUUGCUUCUCAUGACAGUUUCAAUGCAUUAUAUCCUGCAUACAGGUUGUACAAUCUGAUGCCCAGUGAUGUUCAUGUACUAGAUUUGGGUGACUUUUUUGAUUAGAGAAAAAGCAUGCAUACUCAUCAGGGGCAGAUUGAGUGUUAUAUUUCAAUUCAGCCCAAAAAUUUCUCAUAAGCCAAUAUACAAAUUCAAGAAGUAGACAGGAGCUAGAUGGGAGAAUUGCUUGACAAUAUGACAUCUUGGAAGUCAAACAUAAAAAAAAAGUAAAACAAACAAAGCAAAGAGUGACUGAAGGUCUGAGCAUUGGCAUUGUUUUGUAACAUAAUUUUCAAUAUUUCCAACUCAGGCCUGGUGCAUAUGAGUUUGAUGCCAAAAGAGACAGGAAGGUGAAGUAUCAUGGCUCUUUUGGUGGACCACAGACCUUGAUAACAUCAGUUACAAUUAAAUGCAAUGAAUUUGGAGAGCCAGAUAUUGUAAGUAUCCCAGACAACUUCUUAUUGAUCGAUAGGUUAGUAAAGUUCAGACAAAGAUUGUUGUUCUUUUUGACCGAACUUCUAAAAAUUUUGCUUGUGGAGUUUUCUAACAUUGAGCCUUUGACCCUAAGGGUUAAAAGCAUCUAAUUACAAUAUCACCCCUGAAUUACACAUUAAGGUCACAAGAAUAAAAGAAAUGAUCACCAACUAAAGAAGUUCUCUCUCUCCUUGUCAGAACCUUUGGAAAUGUUUGGAGAACAGUAUGGAGAAUAUACAUACUGAUGUCAGGGUGUAAAGUGUUUUAAAAGAAUUUUGUCGUAAUUUAAUUUUAAAUUUCUUAUCUGCUCGUUAAGAAUGUUUGUGGGUAUGCUUUGUCAUUGAUUGCAACCAUUUGCUUCAUACAAUUCUAAUCAUGACCAACUGUUUGUUCACAGUGUAAUUCUUGUCAAAGUCCUCCAGUAGGAGAUUACUAUGAGUACAAAAAGGUUUAUCUUUGUCGGAAAUGUUACAAUCAUCACUUAACAACAGGAGAGAAGUACACAAGAAGGUAAUUUUAUUGUAAUUUAGGGGGUAAUUUAUUUAUAUCUAACAACACUGUGGUGUUGUGUCAGGGGGGUAUAACAUUUAAAGGUAAUUUGGUUUUAUCAAUUGAGUUGAUAAUGUAAAUUGGCCAUCAUAGAGUGUUCCUAAAGCUGAUGUUUCUGGGGUUAGCCCUUCACUAGAAUGAAUUAAGCCACAAUCACACAAUAUACUUGUAUUUUAAUGACUUAAUUUCUUUAAUGAGGAUUAUUUUAUUUUUGAAGUCAUUUUUUUUUCUGAUAUUCAAAAGAUAAAUGAUAAUCUUGAAAUACAUCUUUUGUCCCAUCUAGUUAUCUUCAAUCUUUUCGCAAAGUAAGAGACUGCUCAAACAUUCAUAACCACGAAGGAACAAAUGCCAGAUUAAUGGUAAGCAUUUGUAAACAUCAUUGGGAAUUGUACAUGAGACAGGGCAAUAGAGUCACCAGCUUAAACCCGCAAGUUAAAGUUAUGGUAAAAAAUAUUUCCUUUUGAAAAAGUGUGCUCUUACAUAGAAAUGAGGUCCUGAAACUUUAAAGAUGCUGUUUGGUGUGCUGUUUUCUGAAGUCUAAUUUGUUGAUAUAAACCUUUUCUUUGACAGCUCAAAACCGAAAAAGACCUCAAGAAACAGAGAUUUAGAGAAGCAUAUAUGAGCUUGUACUUUUGAAUACGGAACAGUAGGGAUGCAGGAAAAUUGCUAAUGAGUGCGAGAUGUAUAUUUUUUUACUGAUACAAAGUAAUAGAACACGAUAUGUCAGUCAAUUCACCCGUGGACGUAUGUAGUGUAAAUAUGUUUGAUGUUGAGUGCUGUGGAAAGCAUAUAUGGGCAAUAAUGGGCAAGAAAAUAUUUUAGGGUAGAGUUAUUUUUACCAGGUUAGUAAGCUAGGAGAAGUGUACCAGUAAUAGAAACGUCAAAAUACCUCUUUCAAAUUAUAUUAAAUGCAAUAAAGGAUAAAAUGAAAGAUUUCCACACGUAUAAUUGUGUCAAUUUACCAAUCAAAAAUAACUUCUUGGGUAAGAAAUGUCAGUUAAUGGAAUCAAAGUUUUGAAAACUAAACUUUUGUUGGUAAGACAAAAAUUGAUCUUAAAUUUAUCUGUCUGCGAUAAACCCACUAAGAGUUACUGAAAUGCGUUAUUUCAUAUAUCCAAUGUCCGAAACUUGAACAUUCUACUAAUGAAAAAAAGAAGAACAAUUUCCACCAUUGUCCAGUUAGUCGUUAUAAAGCACAUCUAAAGAUUUAUCCAAAAAGUUAAGUGCUUAUCUCUGUAGACACGAAUAGCUCGAUAUGACGACGAGCACACAAAAGGAAAAUUUCCUUUCGAAUUCAGUUACCAUAACUCUUUGUUUAAUUAAAAAGAAAAUGUGCUUCCAAACGCUACCCCAAUUUGACCUUGACAUAUUAACAUUUUAUUUCGUUUGAACUAUAAUAUAAACAGGG